AAGUGAUUGAUUUCAUUACACGCUGGUUAGUGUUUCCAUCAAUAAAAUCCAACUCGCCGGCUGUCAUUUUGUUGUCAGAGCUCAUUCAAUACUACACAAUUUCUCUUCUCCCUUAAAAAGAAAAGCCCUGUUUUCUUGCCAUUUGUUUCUGUUUCAUUAUAGCAGUUAACAGCUUGAAUUGAUAUAACUCUUCAAAACUUUGGAAGAUUACCUUUCUUUUUGGUAUCAAGCAUGGAAGAUCGUAAGGAGAAAAAUGCACCUUGGCUAUCAGUGCCACAAUUUGGGGACUGGGACCAGAAGGGACAGGUGCCAGAUUAUUCCCUUGACUUCUCCAAAAUCAGGGAAAUGAGGAAACAGAAUAAGAGGGAAGUUUCAAGAGCCAGUCUUGGAAAUGAAGAAGACUUCAUUAACCCAACUGCCAUCAGUGUUACCUCUGCUCCUGCUGAUGAUCACCAUCAUUAUCCUCAGAACCAUCACUCUCCAACUACAAGGAGGAGUAUCUUCAGCUGCUUCAACUGUUGUGUCAAGGCCUAAUGUUCAUGGACUUGAUGAUAGAUGAUUUUAAAGCUAAAUGUUACGACGAUGUAUCAAAAGAGCACUCUCUCUCACUUGUAUGUUUCUUUUUUUUUUUUUUUUGUUUUCUAAUCUUUUUUCUUCUGCUUCUCUUCAUCACCUCUUCAUUUUUUACAAUAGAUGAUAUGUUCAUUCAGCGUCCUCUUUUCUUGAGUGCUAUAUCAUGAGAACUGAUGUAAUUUGAAUCAAAACUAAUGGGGAAGUAAAAAAGGAGUUUAGUUCGUGUAA